AUGAAAAAAUUUAAAAUAAAAUCUUUUAUUUUUCCAUUUCCAACAUUAUUAAUAUUUUUAUAUAAUUUUUGUUCUUCCCUACAACAAUCACAAAAGUUUUGCCCAAUUUGGGUUAAUACAAGAAUUCAACAAUGUGUUCAGCCUGUAGCAGAUUAUGCUAAAGCAGUUAACAAUCAACAAAAAAAUGAGAAAGAAAAUUCUGAAAAUUAUUUGGAUUUAAAUAAAAAAAAUAAAAAUAAUUAUGAAAAAAUUCAGGGAAUUCAGUGGCCAACAAAAGUUAUUGGAGGGAAAAUAUUUCAAGAAUUGUGUCUGUUAAUUAGGCAUUUUGAACGUUGUGUGAGUGGGUAUAGAACUAAAUGUAGAAGGCAUAUAACUGUUAGCUUAAUUGAAGCAUCUUAUGGAUAUCUGUGUAAUGAGGGUUAUGAAAUUUUUGUUGGGUCUGCAGAAUGUUUAAUGGAAUUAGAUCAACAACCUAAUGUUAAAGGAUGUCAUGAUAAAACACUUUUAGAAAUUGAGGAAGCAAAUAAUGAACAAAAUGGGACUGUUGUAAAUAGAUUAGAGAGAAUGUGCAAUGCUUUAAAUUAUUUUUCUGAAUGUGUUCGCCCUCCAAUUAGGCAAAGCUGUGGAAAUGAAGCUUGGAAUGUUAUAUUUCGAGUAUUGAAAGAUACUUCUAGAAUUUUAAUGCCAAUGUGCAACUUUGAUAAUUAUUAUAGAUCGGGAGAGGAGGAAGAGGAAGAAAAUAAUAAUGAUUAUAAUAAUAAUAUAUUAAUUACUUCGACAAUUAAAAAAGAAUUAAUUAAAAAUUAUUUAAUAAAUUCUGAAGAAAAUAAACAAAAUCAGCAAUGGAAGGUUAUUGAAGAAAAUGAAGGGGAGGAAGAAAUUGAAGAGAAGGAGGAGGAGAAGGAAGAGGAAGUGAAAGGGAAAGGGAAUGAUGAAAAUAAAAUAAAAAAUAAUGAAGAAGAUUGGCAACAAUGGAAAAGAAAAAUGAUAGAGAACGAUGAGAAUGAAGAAGAAAAGGGGGAAGAAGGGGAAGAGGAGGAAGAAAUCAAAAAUGAAGAAAAUAGAGAAGAAGAGGAGGGGGAGGAAGUGGGAGAAGAAGAAAACAAUUUUGGAUUUGAUUUUUUCUCACAUAAAAUUCAUUAUAAUAAUGAAGAAGAAAGGCAAAGUCGUUUAACUAGUAGUGGAAAUAUUAAAUUAGUAAAUAAUGCAAAUAUUAUUUUUAUUUUUUUAAUUUUAUUUUGUUUUGUAAUAAAUUAA